GGCUCUCAGUCUGUCUCCUCAGCUGUGGAGCAGUUGGUUGAGGCUAGGAGCUGCUCCUGGGAGAAGGGAGCCCCACCAGCCUGGCUUUUCUGGUCGAUUGGCUCUAUCCACUCAAAGGGGACUUUGCCACUGCCAAACACGACCAGACCCAAGCGAAGCAGAGGGAGCACCAUGCUCAGAGUCCCGAGCCACAUGGAUGAGUGCUCCGGCCACCCAGACGUGUUCCAAAUCUGCACGCAAGAAGUGGAGAGCGGCGGUGGCAGUCCAAAGGUGCCGAAGAUGUGCACUUCGAAGCGGGUACUACUGCUGGCGCUCACCUUCUUGGCAUAUGUGGUGGAUUCUGCCUCUGCGUACAGCCAUGCGGAAACCCUCUGUGGUGGAGAGUUGGUGGACACACUGCAGUUUGUCUGUGGGGACAGAGGAUUUUAUUUUAGUCGGCCGGUGGGCAGAAACAGAGGCCGGCUCAACCGUGGUAUAGUGGAGGAAUGCUGUUUCCGGAGCUGCGAUCUUAAUCUCUUGGAAACUUACUGUGCAAAAUCUGUCAAAUCGGAGCGGGACCUCUCAUCAUCUUCUCUUGUAGUCUUACCAGCACUAAACAAGGAUCCUUUUCAAAAGCCUUCUCAUCCCAAGUACUCAAAGUAUGACAUAUGGCAGAAGAAAAGCUCACAGCGCCCCCAAAGAGGGGUCCCCAACAUGGUCCGUGCCCGCAGGUAUCGAUGGCAGACUGAAGGACUGCAAGAAUCUGAGGAAUCUAAGGCCCAUCGUCCUUUGGUUGUCCUCCCUACCCAGAAGCCGCUUGCUGUGCAAACCACCUCAGAAACAACAAGCACCCUGAAGUGAACUGUGACAAUUAGCAAAAUGGAUUCUUUAUUUUUUUCCCAAUCUUAUGGGAGGCAUUCCCAGACUUGGCCCCACCCUUUUCUCUCCCCCAAACCAAGGCAGAGUGGGGGAGGGGAAAUGCCCUUUGACACCAAGGAACAACAACAAGGGGCACUGUAACACCAAACAACUGACUUAGAAAGAACAGGAUUACAGUGUUGUCAGCAGCAGCAUUUCUGUGGCAUUGUCCUUAAUUUUUUUUUAAAUCUUCUAUUUGUUGGUUUUUUUCUUCAUUUCCUACCCAGUUUUACAGCCUUUGCUUAAAAAGGACCGUUAAGGCACUUGAACUGCUUAAUAUUGGGCCACUGCUUUUCAACCCAUGUUCCAAACACAGAAGAACAAGAGAAGAUAAUGAAAUUGAAAGAAGCCCAAUGUGUAUUUGUCUUGACAAUAAACGUGAAAAGGGGGGUUAGGGACAUCUGAGGGUUUUAAAUUCUGGCCUCCUCUCCACCCAUUUUUUAAAAAGAACCACAACCACAGUGUGUUUUGGAGGGGCAGGUUGCACGUUUUAAGAACCGGAGAGGAAAUGAGGCCCACUACCUUUUUUUUGUUGUCGAUUAAUUACACAAUUCCAAAUGUAUUUGCACCUUUAAAAUCACCGAGGAAGUGACAGAAAGAAGAAAGUGUGAACGUAGGUUCACUUUAAUGGAGGAGACGUCUGCAUUGCACAUUU